UAGCUGUGACUGAGGAGGAGGAGGAGGACGGGCUAUGGGCCAUGUUUAAGCUGCGCCCGACCCCGGCUCCUCUGUCUCCCUCAUUCCCUCUCCUCUCCUCACACAGCAGCACCUCAGUCACCAGUCCGUGCGCUCCGGGGAGACGGGGAGCCGGCCGCAGACAUGAACCUGAUGUGCUGCGAGGUGGACGCCAUCCGGAGAGCGCACCUGGACCGCAACCUGCUCACCGAGCGGGUGCUGCAGACCAUGCUCAAGGCGGAGGAGAACUGCUGCCCGGCCGCCAACUACUUCAAGUGCGUCCAGCGGGAGAUCCUGCCCCACAUGCGGAAGAUCGUGGCCACAUGGAUGCUGGAGGUGUGUGAGGAGCAGAAGUGUGAAGAGGAAGUUUUCCCACUUGCAAUGAACUAUCUGGAUAGAUUUCUGUCCGUGGAGCCUCUCAAGAAAAACAGAUUGCAACUUCUGGGCGCAACGUGCAUGUUCCUAGCAUCCAAAAUGAAGGAGACCAUCCCACUGACUGCAGAAAAACUUUGUAUUUACACCGAUAAUUCCAUCAAACCAGAGGAGUUACUGUUUAUGGAGCUGGUGAUCCUAAACAAGCUGAAGUGGGAUUUGGCUUCUGUGACGCCUCACGACUUUAUUGAACAUUUUCUUAACAAAAUAGAACUGACCGAGGACACCAAGCAGAUCAUCCGCAAACACGCCCAGACUUUUGUGGCUCUCUGCGCUACAGAUGUAAACUUUAUAUCUAAUCCACCUUCCAUGGUCGCCGCUGGGAGUGUAGCAGCCGCAAUACAGGGUCUACAUUUGGUCAAUAAGGACAGCAUCUCUUCCUCCCAGAACCUCACUAAAUUCUUAUCGCAGGUCAUCAAAUGUGACUCGGACUGUUUACGGGCCUGCCAAGAACAGAUCGAACUGCUGCUGGAAUUCAGUUUGCGCCAUUCAUCCCAACCGCACAAAGGCUCCGACGCAAAGUCCACCGCCGAUGACUCAGACCUUUCGAGCACCCCCACCGACGUCAGGGAUGUGAACAUCUGAUUGCGGAUUGCAUUGGUCAAGUCGUGACAUUUUAUUUGGCAACUUUUUUUUUUUUUUUUUCCAUGCUAUGGAACGUGAGGUGUGGACAAAAGUCUAACGGGAAUGAACUUGCUCCCGCACAGAAGCCAAACUUAUGGAUGAUUACAAGUGGGAGGAACUCGCGCCUUUUCUCCUCUAUACCUGUGAUCUAAAAUAACAGGCCAAAAAAAAAAAAAAAAAACUGCUACAAAAAAACAAAAAACGAAAGGAAAAUAGUAUUUGUAUAAGCCUCUGAGAGUUUUUGCUAGAAAAAAAAAAGGAUUUUUAUAAGACAAUAAUCAGCUAGUUUUAUAUUAAAGUGUUUUAUGUCUGUAUGUUGUAAAAAUAGACAUUAACACAAGAUGGAUGUCUCCAGGGGAGGUACUAAAUUUUGGUUCAUUAUGUGUAAACAGCCAUUUGUAAUGUAGAAGAGGCUUUUAGUUAGGUUUAAAAAAUAAUAAUUUCUAUUUUCUUCCAACACCUAUUGCUUUUGCCGUCUAAGCGUCUCUAUAAUCUGCUUGCUGUCGCAUAUAGUCACUUUAUAUUCUCCUUACGUGUAACUUUACCUCUUAGUUUUUAUAAUCCUCUUCACUUUAUCAAUGGUUAAUGAAACUCAUAAAAUAGUAUAUCUUAGUAUAGUGCAUUACUAUAUGUUAAUCAUUAUAUAUGGCUGUGGAUUGUCUGUGAUAGGGCUUAAAGGGUGCCAGUUUUUGCAGCUUCUCCAGGCUUAAGUUAAUGCCCUUAUCUUACUCUAUUAUAAAGAGAUAAGGACAUAGUGAACGUAAUAUAUUAUAUUUUUAUAAUCUUUUUGGAUUUUUUUUUUUUUUUUUUUUGCUGCCUCUAUGUAAAAUAAAAACUGGUGUCACCCUGUAGGUCCUAAGUCGCAAAAAUUUACAUGAUCAAUCCACAGACCUAGUUAUGUGUUAUGUUCUAAAACCAUUCCAUUUCAAAGCACUUUGGGUCCUUUUUAAGUUUGUUUUUUGUUUAAACAAAUGUUCUACGUGGGAAUCGACAAAAAAAAAAAUGGAAUGGUUUGGAAUUAUGUUGAUGUUGGCAUUUGCAACCUGAACGGCAAGGCAAGUGAUUACUACUAUUAAGCUGAACUGGGCAUAGGCUGCCUGUGGCUCCGAGCAUUCUGGGAGUUGUAGUUUUAAUGUGCAUCUGUUGCCUACACGCGGUGGGUGGAGCAAUUUGUGGGCUGAUCCGAUAAUCGUGAGGGGGCGGGCUAUCUGCUUGGUGGGAAGUGAUGACCUCUAUGAGGCAUCACCACUGUUGAGGAGAGUGCGGCCUCCACAUCACUAGACCGUAGUGACCUCGCUAUAAUCUUCCGUGAAGUGGUAGGUGGAAUGGUCAGUCCACAAAACACCUCCGUUGUGUGUAGAUAAGUGCUCUCUAUUACUAGUUAGGGAGGCCGAGGUUACCUGCCCAAGUAAAAGUUAACUUGUUUAGAAAUAUUUACAUUGACGCAGCACACGGAUCCACUUAUUGCCUUACCUUAGUUAUGGUGAAGUGCGCCGUGUCUGCUGUUUAACUUUAAGGGGGGGCAUUCAGUCGGUGGUCAUGGCGCAUGUCACAGGCUCUUUAGUUGUUUCUCUGGCAUCUCUUGACCAUUAACGCCCCGUGGAGGUGCACUGAAACUGCGAUGUUGCUGUAUCGUAGUUACCAUCGAUGUGCACAGCCGCACAUCGCUGAUAAUCGAAUGCCCCCUUAUUUGUUCUCGCAUAAGGGCAAGUUAAACUUAACGUUUUCUCACGUUAAUAUUAAAAUGGAAGUUUUUUUGUUUUUAUUUCCUUUUCUCAACACUAAACUAUGUAAUUUAUCGCUAAGGCUACAUAAAUAUUUAUUGCAAGAGAUCCUCACAAGGCCAGUAUCACCUUUAAAAAAAAAUAAUGCAAUUACCCCCUUAUAGAAAUUCUUAUGGGUCCCCAACCCGUGAUGCAUUUUGCCAUGAUAAGAAAUAAAAUAAAAAAUGGAUUCUGUGACGCUCGCCAUUCAUGGUCACUGUUCAAAGCACUGUAAAUUAAUUUGUGGAGGUUGUGUACUUGAAAUUUUUGUUUUAGACUUUUGUUUUUCCUAUCCCCCUCCCACCAACCUCCCACUUUAUUUCAUUCUUGGCUAAAACACAGACACACGUGCGCCAAAAGAAAAAUCUAAAAUGUGCACAUUGAACCUCCUGAAUUUUUUUAUUUAAUUUUUUUGUAAUAAAAAAAACAAAGAAUAGUUUUGAAGGGAAGCGGUUGACUUUACGGACGAGAAUGUAUCCAUGAUAUGCGUAUGUGAGAAAAAUGCCCUCAUGGUGUUGAUUGUAAAAAAAUUAAAUAAAAUAAAAAAACACAAAAAAAGCUAAGAAAAAGGAAAAAUGUGUAAAGAAAGAAAAAAACGGAGGAUAAUCUCCAGUUUUCUUAAAGCUGCUAUGGAUUUAUGUUCCCAGCAUGGUUUGAAAAACUAGAAACAUAACAGUGCUUUUCUGUAUCUAUGUCAUUGUUUUAUUUUGCUGCUAUUAUGUUGUAGUCCUUUUUUUUGUUAUGUAAUGUCACACAUAUUUACGGCCAUUUUCUAGAAUUCAAUUUUCUCAUAGAAAAUUAUAUUGUUGACUUCCGUGUGUUGUUGGUUUUUUUUUUUUUUUUUUUUAGAUUCUUGUAUGUGGUCCAUUUUUACUUCUGAAUGUGAUUUUACCGCUCUAUUCCAAAAAGUAAAAAGAAAAAAAAAAAAGUUUCUAGUUUCACAUUACCUCACGUCUCAUCGUCACAUUCAAACCAGGUUUAAUGGUGUCCAGUGUCUCUUUGGCCUGUAGCCUUAAGAUGUUGGAAGCCUGUUCCGAUAUGGGCUCCAGACUUACAAUAUUGGUCUUUGGUUAGAUGUUUUUACACGAAAAGUUGCAGACGUUUCAGAUGAUCAAAUCUUAUUUGCAUUGGAAUGUGUAUGCAGCGUUGGCUUUAUGGCCUUGACUUUGGUUAGGCCGUUAAUCAUUUGUUGGUUGAGGUGCAACACGUUGAUGAAAGCUUAUGUUUUAACUCUACUUGUUUUUGUAAGUCGUUGAUCGCUUUUGAAUGAGAAGUGCCAAGAGAGCCUAUGGCUAUGCGUGUAGUUCUCAUCACAAUGAUAUUUAGCUUUUUCAUCGACUAGAUUAUUUUAGGCUAGGGGCUUGUAGUUUCACACCAGCCACAGAGGAACUGUUGGGCCUACCUCUAGCCCAAGCCAACACGUACGUGAUGAUCUAGCCGUGGUUGUAUUACACCUCCACUUUGGGGGGGGGGGAAUCAAAGAGGGUUGUUCAUAGAAUGUUAUUUUAGAAGUUGCAAUGUAUAUACCACUUAAAUAUAGCCUUAUUCUCUAUAUGAGGUUUGGUGUUUGGAAAUCAGUAUGUCGCACGCUCAGUUUGUAUCCCUGUUCGUUACUGGAUUGACCACAGAGAGGUGUGAGGUGCUUGGUGCCUAGAAGGCCAUAGAUAUCACGCAAGCUGGCUAAUGCUCUUAUCCAGAAGGACAAAUUAGCUGGAUUCUGCAUGCUGCUAAACCAAAUCCAUGUUUGUGGGAGAUUUACAGAGAUUAUAUGAAUCCAUUUCCCAUUUUUACUGCCGAGAACCGUAGAGUACGUGGCACAUCCUAUCCAAAUUCCAGGAAUUUAUUUUUUCAACUUACCGUUUACCUCAAACUCGUUGUUUCCGCAUGACUUUAAAACUUUUUCCUUUUUUACUGGACCAAAUGUGAUAACGUUGGUGGCUCCCAGUUUUCUUGUCUUGUUUUGUUAAUCGUUGGGACAGCAUGUGAACAACAUGGUUCUCAAAUAUUGUAACUCCUGCAAGGCCAAAGCCUAUUGGUUCAUGUUAUGAGAGAUGAGUCUUUCUAUUUACAGUACUUUCAUUGUCCUUUUUAUCUUUCAUCUUUUGUGCAUCUUGUUAUCUGUUCAUGAGUGGUCUGAAACGCACAUUGUCACCAACAGACCUGUAUGUAACACAAUACUUGUAUGAGACCAGAAAUAAAUGCGUUUUAAAAAGCCA